UAGCAUAAACGCCUGUGUAUUCAACAACAUGUGUUUAAUCAUUGCUGAAGUCUUCAGUUCGCAUCCUUUGUACUGAAAGACAAGCCACAGGGAAGAUGAUCAAGGAAACGAAUACAUCUUCGUUCUGUGGUGGCGGCUUGAGCUGAGACACUUGUUAGGUGUGUGUGUAUGGUAUGUAUGUAUGCAUGGUAUGUGUGCGUGAGGGCUUUUCCCGAUCACUGCGUGGACCUGUGACCCGAAGCAGUGUCCCGACCGGAAUGCGCAGGCGGUGCAGACGCUGCUGCCACCCACAGCUCCUGAGGGACAUUGCCCAGCGUGACGUGGAAAGUUUGAAUCUGCUUUGCUGUCAGCUACCAGCUUCCACGUACAAGAGCUGGAGGAGCAUAGUUCUGCAUCUUUUCUGUUUUUCUCAAGACUAGCAACGUGUGCUGAACCUCUAGUGUCAUCAUGCAGAGUUACUUACUUUUGCACCAUAUGCAGUGUUUGUUUCUCCCAUGGCAGACAACUCCACCUUUGAAAUGAAUUGGUUCCAUUUGUCUUGCCUUCUGCAAGCAGCAGACAACAGACAUUGAGGGUUUCGUGCCUUCUCUUUCCAUGAUGGGUGAAGGUAUUUCAACAUAGUCUUUGCAAACAGACCUGCAGUGGUUCUGCUGAGCAUCAGUGUGGCAGGAGACGUGUCAGCUGCUGUCCAAAACCUGUGUUGUUUCUUAGUGUGGCUCUGUGCUGCCAGCAGGACUUUGGCUUGGUGUAAGCCCAGCACCGUGGCAGAGACACUUCAGGAGAAGAUCUUUGGGGAGUGCUUGGAUCAGAGCUCGUGUACAUCUGGUGACUGGGCAAGGACAUAGACUUUGGCUGUAUUUUUCAUAACUGCGUGAAGCUAGAAAUCUGAACGGAUGCCUGUGCCGCCACCACCACCACCACCUCCUCCACCACCACCUCCACCGCCUUCUGGAGGGCCCCCUCCACCACCGCCUCUGGCAAGUUCGGAGGUACCAAAGUUGCGAAAGGAAGACCAAAAGGCACGGAAUGCACUCUUAGCUGAUAUCCAGCAGGGAACUCGCUUAAGAAAAGUGACUCAAAUCAAUGAUCGCAGCGCACCACAAAUUGAGAAACCCAAAGGAACUAACAGAGAUGGAGUUAAUCCAGCUGUUAACAAAAGCGGCUCCCCGCAGCCCCUGGGAGGCUUGUUUGCGGGUGGCUUUCCUGUCCUCAGACCAGCAGGCCAGAGGGACAUGUCGGCUGGGAAGCCCGGGCAGCUCCCUGGGAUCCGAGCAGCGGCUCCGAAGCCCGCUGCCCCACCGAACAGCAGCGCCGCCAAGGCGAGCAGCGUCCCCUCGCAGCCCACUGAAAGCCCCAGGGCAGCUGCCCCACCAGAGCCCCCCAGCACCCCCCGUGGAGCUGGGGCAGGCCCCGGGCGGCCCAGCCUGCCGGCCCCGCCUCCACCGCCGCCUGCUUCCAGCAAACCUUCCCUCACCUUCCCUCCUCCUCCCGCUCUGCCCCCUCCCAAGGGGGUGUCCCCCAGCGCGGCUCCUCCGGCCCCGCUGCCUCCUCAGCCUGACAAACUCACUAAGUUUCAGGCAGGUGCUUCACACGCACCCCCCCCACCACCACCUCCUCCUCCCCUGCCCUUCGUGCCCCCCUGCGGGUUUCCGAGCAGGACAACCGAUUUCCCGGCUGCUGCUCCCGCCCCAGCUGAAGGCAGGGACUGUCUGCCCCCCACACCGCCCCCCCCGCCUCCCCCUCCGCCCCACGCGCACCCCCUGACCUCCAACAGGCUCUCCUUCCCGCCCUCCCCAGCCUUUAACAGCGCUCCCGGCAGCGCUGACGUGCCCCCUCCGCUGCCCCCCAAGUCUCCCAACUUGCUGUCGCAAUUCCACAAGCCAAGCAGCAUCCAGUCCCUGCCGCUCCCUCCCACCCCCGGCAUCCCUCAGCCCGCAGCGGUGGCACCGGAGACCAGGAAGAAGAGGCCCGGCCGAGGCGCAGGAACUGGUGCUGGGAAGCUAUCCACACCUCCACAGCCACCUGCAAGAUCACCUACAACUGAGCUUACGAGCAAGUCUGGAGUCUCAGCCUGGGCUGCAGCUCACGACCCCUACCCACCACUUAAAAAUGGAAACAUGCACAUCAUCGAUGACUUUGAAUCGAAAUUUACUUUCCAUUCUGUGGAAGAUUUUCCCCCACCUGAUGAAUUCAAGCCAUUUCAGAAAAUCUACCCCAGCAAGAUAGCUAGAGAUCCCUCCAAAAAUCCUCCAUUAAGAACACAUGUGAGAUGAGAAGAGUCUUCUGAUGGUCUCUGGAUUAGUAUUAAAGAAGAACAACAUCAAGAUAAUAUCUGAAGCAGAGGGGUCCCCAUUACAGUGAUAGAGAUUGUAUUUGAAUUGCAAGUGCUGCACUGUUAACAUUCUAUAGACUGGAACAGUGAUGUACAUGAUGCUUUUUGAACUGGACUACAUACUACAGGAAUGUUAGUACAGGCUUUUAAAUUAUUGUAUAUAGGUGGAUAUUUUUUAAGCAAAGCGGCAUAAAAUUGAAAUUCUUUGUAGUGUUGAAACAAUUCUCAAUCAAGCUGACACAUUACCUCAGGAAACUUUUUUGCAUUACAUGCCUGGAGUUAAUUUUUCCCCUUCCAUCAUAAUUUUUAAGUAUCUUGGAAAUUCUCCAGUUAUUAUUCAGCCAUUUUUCAAUGACCUGUCAGAAACUAACCUGCUACCUUUAGUCUCUUUGUAUCGUUCGUUACUUCUUCUAUUCUGCCUAUCCUCAGAUUGCAGCAGAAUGUCACUUUCAUGAACAGAUGGGCCCACAAUCCUUUUCUCGUCAAGCAUGAAGAGGACAGAGAUGACCAGGAGCUGUGGCUGCUGUUGAGCCUACCUCCUAUCGAGUACAGAUCCUUAUAGGAUAGUGUCUGAAGAAGCCCAGCUGGGUAGGGUGGUCAUGGACUUGACAAGGAAGAUGGAACUUUUCCAAACUGGAAGAAAAGAGAAGUUGUUCUACUGUAAGCAAAAAAAAAAACCCCAAUGGUGUGUGUGAAUACACAUGCCAUGAAGUAUGUAUGUAAGGGCAAGUGUCCUGUCUUUUCCUGCUGGCAAAGUGGUUAUUUACCAUUUUGUGUGACAGAACGUCUUUACCCAACAAUUAGGAGGCCUUUGGAUGAGUGGUCCAACACCUACAUUUUAAAGAGGCUACUAGACCUACUAUUGUUCAUGCAAAGCAACGAGGAUUCAUUGUCCAGAAUACACCACAUGGAGCAAGCAGUCCCCAAAGAUAGAGUUGGCUGAAAAAAAAGAGUAACAACCUAGAGCAAAUACUCUUCUGCUUUUCAUAUGCAGCCUGGGGUAAGGUCUUUCGAUCGCAGAUGUUCAGAUCUGGUCGUAAGAAUCUAUUCCCAGCACGAAGUACUCUUGUGCGUUUCACUGCAUUAGGAGUGUUGCCAGCAGGUUAAGGGAAGUAAUCCUUACCCCUUCACUCAGCACUGGUGAGACCAUACGUGGAGUUCUGUGUCCAGGUCUAGGCUCCUGAGUACAAGAGAUAUGGACAUGCUGGAGAGAGUCCUACAAAGGGCCACUAAGGUGAUGCAGCAAUGGAGCAUCUCUUCUAUGAGGAAAGGCUGAGAGAGCUGGGACUGUUUAACCUGGAGAAGAGAAGGCUCAGGAGCAUCACAUCAAUGUGCAUAAAUACCUGAAGGCUCUUUUCAGGGGUGCCCAGUGGCAGGACCAGAGGCAGUGGGCACAAAAAUGAAACAGAGGCUCUGUCUGAACACCAGGAAACACUGUGACACUGGAGGUGACUGAGCACUGGCACAAGUUGCCCUGGGAGGCUUUGGAGUCUCCAUUCCCAGAGAUACUCAAAAGCCAUCUGGACACAGUCCUGGGCAGUCUGCUCUUGGUGACCCUGCUUGAGCAGGAGGGUUGGACCAGAGGCCCUCCAGCCACCCCUUCCAUCCUCAACCAUUCUUUGACUCCCCUUCUUACAGGAGUUGCUGCACUUGGGUUACAACAACCCCAUGCAGGCUUGGUGAAGAGUGGCUGGAAGUUUACUUGGUCCUGGUAAGGCUGCACCUUGAAUAACAUGUUCAAGUUUGGGCCCCUCACUACAAGAAAGAUACUGAGGUGCUGGAGUGGGUCCAGGGAAGGGCAACAAAGUUGGUGAAGGGUCUGGAGCACAAGUCUUAUGAAGAAUGGCUGAGGGAACUGGGGUUGUUCAGUCUGGAGAAGAGAAGGCUCAGGGGGGACCUUACCGCCCUCUACAAGUACCUGACAAGAGGUUGUAGUGAGGUGGGGUUGGUCUCCUCUUCCAAGUAACAAGCAAUAGGACAAGAAGUAACAGCCUCAAGCUGUGCCUGGGGAGGUUUAGACUGGAUAUUAGGAAAAAUUUCUUCACUGAAAGGGUUGUCAAGCAUUGGAACAGGCUGCCCUGGGAAGUGGCUGUAUUUAAAAGAGGUGUAGAUGUGGCGCUUAGGGACAUGGUUAAUAGUUAGACUUGAUGAUCUUAAAGGUCUUUUCCUAUCUAAACAAUUCUGAUUCACCAGCCUGCAAAAGGGCACUGCCAGGCUAUUUACAGUUAUUGCAUUAAUUUAUAGAAUUGCCAUAAAUUCCCCUCAGCUACAGCUGUAAUAACAUUAUAGAUCACAGGUAAAGGUAUUUCCCCAUGGCCAUGCCUUUGAACAAAACCACUCGGAAAAGACAGGUAACUGCAUCUUCACAUAUCUCUGCUUUUCUCUUAGUUGUUUCAACAGCUCAGUUGUGCUGUAACUCCUACUCCCACACACGUGCAUUGAGAAUGGUGUAAGGGUAAGCAGCUCUUCACCUGCAGGCCUCUGAAAAAGCAUCUUUAGUCUUUUCCUAGCCUAUUAUGAUACCUUGCUGUACAUCAUGUGAAAAGAAAGAAACUAAUCAGUGAUGCUUUGACCAAUACUUACUGUCACUGUCAUUAUUAUAGUUACUUGAUAAAUAUGCAUGAAUAUAGUAAUAAGCAGGGGCCAGCAAAGACGCUGCUGCUCAAACAGCCAGAACCAUUUAUUACUGCUUUGACAAAUAUAUUGUUACAGUACUAUUAAAGGUGACUUAUUGUUGGUUCUCA